AAAACAGCACGGGAGGAGCUGGCCCUAGUAUUCCUCUCAAAAACGCCGGCGCGAGCGUGCACGCGACCGCUUCACGGCCGAGACCGAACUUAUCACCUCCUUGCCGCUCUUGCCUUGAGUUUCUCUCUCGUUCCCCACCCUGGAUAAAUGCGCGACGAGCAGUACAUGCAGAUAUAAAAGCGAAGUUAACGAGGGUGUCGGGUCCAGUCGCUCGCGACACGUGUGUAUACGUUUCGGCGGGGCCGAGAGGCGGAAGAAGGUCCAUCCUGUUCGCGGCUCGGUUGGCCUUGCAUCGGACUCCCCUGAGCUCCUUGCGGCGGCCCUUCAAGGCGAAAGGCCGAUUUCGAGCAGGGAGGAUCAAGAGGCGCGAAGAGAAUCCUCUUCGCCCCUCCGGGCUUCAGCGAUUAGGAAAGAGGAGACUAUCAUCGGCGCGUCGUGUUCUCCAAGGAUAACAGAUUCCCCCUAGGAUGAUCCCCGUGUGGAAAGAGUGCUGCAGCCAACUGCCGCAACGAUGGAUAUUUGCCAUCAUGGGAUUCUUGGCGAUCCUGAACGCCUACACCAUGAGAGUCUGCCUCUCGAUCACCAUCACGGAGAUGGCGAUUAAGAUAGAGCACAAUUACACAGAUGAUACUUGUCCGAGAGAGUAUAAGAAUGAUACAAAGGACGACGAUUCCGAGAAAUACGACUGGGACGAACGUACGCAGGGCCUUAUCCUCUCGUCUUUCUACUGGGGCUACGUCAUCACGCAUCUGCCGGGCGGGAUGCUGGCUGAAAAGUUUGGCGGCAAGUACUGCCUCGGUCUUGGCAUGCUCUCGACAGCGAUAUUCACCCUGCUGACGCCGGUGGUGGUCAAGUGGACCGAGGCGACCGGGCUGAUUGUGCUGCGAGUCCUCAUGGGCCUCGGCGAGGGCACGACCUUCCCGGCGUUGAACGCAAUGCUGGCGCAGUGGACGCCGCCGGAGGAGAGAUCGGUGAUCGGCUCGCUGGUGUUCGCCGGCGCCCAGCUCGGCACGGUACUCGCUAACUGGGCGUCCGGUGAGAUGCUGCACAAUUACAAGUGGCCCGUCGUGUUCUACGUGUUCGGCGGCAUCGGCGCGUUGUGGUUCGUCCUGUGGGUGUUUCUCUGUUACAACAACCCGUACGAGCACCCGUUCAUCUCUGAGAAAGAGGUCAAGUUCCUGCACGAUCGUAUGAACGAGCAUACUCAUAAGAAACCACCGCCCGUGCCCUGGCGGUACAUGCUGAGCUCGGCGCCCCUCUGGGCCCUGAUCGCCGCUCAGGUCGGCCACGACUGGGGUUUCUUCACCCUGGUCACCGAUCUGCCCAAGUACAUGAGCAGCGUGCUCCACUACUCCAUCAAGGAAACCGGCUUCGUCUCGGCGUUGCCCUACCUCGUCAUGUGGUUCUCCAGCAUGGGGUCGUCCUGGCUGGCCGACUGGAUAAUCACCAGGGGCGUGAUGUCGCGCACCAACGUGAGGAAACUCGGCACCACAAUCGCCUCCAUAGGUCCGGGCGUCUUCAUCAUCGCUGCCUCGUACGCCUCGUGCGACAAAACGCUGGUGGUGGCCCUGUUCACCAUCGGCAUGGCUCUGAUGGGUACCUUCUAUCCCGGGAUGAAAGUCAACGGGCUGGAUCUCAGUCCCAAUUACUCCGGCACCCUGAUGGCGUUGGUGAACGGGAUCGGCGCCUUCACCGGUAUCAUCACGCCGUACAUCGUCGGCGAGCUGGCGCCCGAGCAAACGCUCACCCAAUGGCGAACCGUCUUCUGGAUCGUCUUGGGUGUCUUCGUCGUGACGAACGUGAUCUUCGUCCUGUUCGCCAGCGGCGAGGUUCAACGCUGGAACGAUCCCAAUUUCGUCAUACGGAAUCAGGAGGAGAUGAAGCAAAAGAAGAUGAACGACAGGGCAGAAUCGGUGGAGAAAUAUUGAAAGCGUUGCCCACGGCGCUUUCCCUCGCGGAGAGCGCUAGGCUCUUAACAAACAGCCGGGCUCGUUAAUAAUCUCGUCAUCAUCCCGAGACGUCGCGCUUCCUCGACGGAAGCCAUUCUCAAGGUCCGCCUGUCAUCUCGCCAACGACUUUCAACCAAGAUCUCACAUCCGCGUGAAGGAGAGAUGUCUGAGAAAGACGCGCGCUGACACCUCUCGCGCGCGCGCGCGAUCCUUGAGUGAUAAUUUACGCGCGGCAUUAAAUCGCACGCUGCCGGAAUGCAUCUCGAGUUUUCACGUCAGAACGCGUAUCGCGAGCGCUCAAUGCGCCGGUGACAUUUGCAAGCGAGCCGUUUUCGUCGUGAAAGGAGACACUGUAAAUUAAAGCCGAUAGGCCGAUAGCGAUUGUACAUAUUGCGUAAGGAUUAAGUGUAUAGUAUAAGUUUUACUUCAUUUUAUGUAAAACGCUAAUCGCGCAUCUCUAUCGCCAUUUCUAAUAGGGAACGGUGCCCGAAGAAAUCGGGUUUUCCCCGGUUGGUCGCGGAGAAUUCGAUUCUUCUUCUUCUUCUUCUUCUUCUUUUUCGGGGGUAAGGCUGGUCCUU